GAAAGGUAAGCAGCUCUCUCCGGAUCCAUUCCUGGUUCCCACUCGCUUUUAGACGGACUGAACCGACAUUUUAUACAAAUCGGAUACAGAGGAUUUCCCCAUACCUAAACAGCAUGACUCCACUCCCCUGUUAGGAGACAGUAAAGAGUUCUUAUGACUGUUUGGUGUGACAGAGGUAACAGCCAUGAAGAGAAGCAAGCAGUGGGACGUCAGAGGAGCGGUCGGCUUUGCGGCUUUUUUUCAUUUCCUCUAUUCUUGUGCCGUAGGCUGCCUUUUGCCCUUCCUGACCCUGUACUUCCGGCACCUCGGCCUCAAUGCCGUCAUGACAGGCACCAUCAUGUCUAUUAAACACACAGUUGCUCUGGUGUGGAGGCCUCUGUCCUGCAUCCUGGCCAGACGCAACAACAAACGGCGCGUCGUCAUAACAGGGUCUCUCGUGUGUUCAGCAGCAGUUGUCUUAGCGCUCCUGCUCUUCCCGGCUACAGGAAAGAGCACAGAGAGCAGAAGCUGUAAUAUUAGUCAGCUGAAUGCAGUACAUGUGCUUAACUCAACUACUCUGAAUCCCAAGACAACGCUACACAAAUUCUCAACAAGAGCGCAAGAGUACAAUAUCACUGAAUAUGCACCUGCACCACUCAACAUCUCAUCGUCCCACAAUAACCAGAGUACCACUGUGAUCACCCCAAGCAGCCGAAAUGACAUCCAGGAAUCAACCCAUGUUCAGAUGAUUCCAGGUAGGAGGAGCAUAUCUUUAACCAAGCGUGAACAAAAGCAGCAUGAGGUGGACAAGAUUCAAUAUGAGUUCCUUGGAAGCUUGAAAGUCAUGGACACACUGCAUCAAAUGUUUUUCCUGGUCAUGAUCAUCAUAAUCCUAUUGGAGAUUCUGGCUGCUCCGUUGGUGUGGACAUCUGACGAUGGGCUGCACGAAUACCUUGAUUUUGUGGAUGCCACUGAACGUUACAGGGCUGUUAAACCCUGGAGAUUGUUAGGGGCUGCUGGUGGUAUGGGAUGCUCGGGUAUUCUAGUAAGCUUUCUUUACUGUCUAUUUGGAACAGCGUUGCAUUUUUACUCAUACGCCCUGCUGAUGGUUCUGAUGGUGCCUCUUGCUGCUUUGUUACCACUGUACCGGCACAAACGUGAACAUGUUCCUGGGGCUGGUUUGAAGGCACUGCACCUGGUGCGAGGAGACUCGCAGGCACUGCUCUGUGCCAUCACUGCUGUUGUUACCGGCAUAGCAGGUUCUGCUGUAUCUGACUUCCUCCUAUGGCAGAUGCAAGAUCACAAUGCUACAGAGCUUCAAAUGGGUAUUACUUUGGCUGUUGUACCUCUGUGCCAGGCGGCCUUUGCCCCAUUGAAUGGAUGUUUAACUCGUCUCUUGAAAUUCCAUGGUCGGCUACUGCCUCUUGGUAUCAUGGGUCUUUUGCUGCAAUGUCUCUCUUAUUCCUUUAUGAAGACUGCAUGGACUGUACUUCCUGUUCAGGUGGUGGCUGGAAUCAGUCUUGGUGCCCUCUGGUGGUCAUUAGAAGCUCAAUCCGCUGACAUCGCCUCUCCAGGGACAGAGCUGGCAGUAAAAAGAGUGUUUGAAGCUCUUUAUCUAGAUCUUGGUGCUGGACUAGGCAGUUUAGUCAGUGGGUUUGUGGUACACAAGUUUGGGACUACGAUCCUCUUCCAGGGUACAGCAGCAAUGCUUGGAGUGUGGUGCAUUUCUUUAGCUGUGCUGCAGUGGAGAAUCCCUCGCCAGCGUCGGAUAAAUUACUCACGCCUGCUAGCAGCUGACGCCAGUGAAAUGAGCGAAUCAGAGUCGGAGCAGGACAAUGACUGGUUGGAGAAAGCCAUGGAACAGGACAAGGGGAACAAUAAUUGGAGGCGGCUGGAUUAAUAUGCAUAAAAAUGAAAAAAAUCCUUUCACAAAUUUAUGAUGCCAAGAGACAAGCUGUCAAAGUGAGAGACAUUGCAAUGUGGAGAACUCUGAGUUUGUCACUUUGUUGAAAUAUUAUACUUUGUUAUAUAUUGUAAUAUUAUACCAGCCUGAACAAUACGAUAAUUAUACAGGUCACUCAAUCACAGUGGCUUUGCUUCUGUUGCUCAACUUGUCACAGCUGGACGCUUCAAAAGAUACAACUUGUCUGAAAUGCCAUAAUGCCAGUAUGAUUGUCCUAAAUUACUCAUUGUAUAAAAUUGUCAAUCCAUGUACUCAAAAGAAAAGUAAAGCUUACUUAACUGUU